AUGGUCAGUUGUCGUAGGUGGGAUAAAGGAGGUAUAGGCCAUAGGGGUGGCAGUGGGUCACCGGACUCGGUGCCCUUGGGGAACAAAGCAGUUUAUGGCUCCCCUGGAAUUACGGGGGGGUUGAACGACCCUGUUAAGUGUAGGGUGGUGGUAGACUUUCUGGCUUCAUCCUCUGUUACUUUCUGCUACUUGCUUAAGACGAGGGUUUGUCGUGAAAAUUUUGGUAUGGUGAUGGGUAAGUUUGGUGAUGAGUGGAGUUGUGUGUGUAGCUAUAGUGUGCGGGGUGUUGGGAGGAUCUGGAUAAUGUGGCAGAAGAGUGUCUAUAAGUUUUCUAUUGAUAUUAGUGGGGAUCAGUUCAUUUUUGGAACCUUAGUGGAUAUUGUAUCUACUGCUAGGCUUCUUGGAGUUGUUUUGGGGGAUUUUAAUGUUAUUCGUAGUAGUUCGGAGGAUUUUUGUGGUUGCCCUAGUUUGAGGGAGAUGGAGGAGUUUGAUAGGGCGUUAUUGGAGGCAGAUCUGGGGAAUGGUAUCUUGCACCGGUUGGAUCGUUACUUGUCUAAUGAGGUGUGGAAGGUAGCUUUUCCGUAUUCGGAGGUUAAGGUUGGUCAGUGGAGAAUUUCUGAUCAUAGCCCUCUUUUGGUGUCUAUAGGGGAGACGAGGAGUAGGCCGCCUCCCACUUUUCGUUAUUCUUCUCAUUGGGCUAAGGCUGAGGGUUUUAUUAAUACUAUCAGGUCAGUGUGGAGAAGAUCCAAGGAUGUAUCCCCUAUGGUAAGCUUUGUGCGAAAUUUGAAAGCAGUGAAGAGAGUUUUACGUACUUCGUUUGGGAGGCAUAUCUCUGUGUUAGCUGAUGAGGUGAGGGCGGCUAGGCAGGUUAUAGAGGUUGCUCAGGCGAAGGUAGAAAGGGAUCCUACUUCAGAGUCGGUGUGUGCAGAGGCGGCUCGGGCCACUGAGGUGUUCUGGGUGGCAAGGGUGGCAGUAGAUUUCUUUCGGGGUUGUUUAGGGUCUCAGCCAGUAGGGUAUAGGGAUCUUACUGCCCGAAUUGGCGAUAUUGUGCAAUUCAGCUGGACCCAUGAGGGGGUGGACGCGCUUGGUCGCCCAAUGUGUAUAAGAGACAGGUCCGAGGAGGGGGUGGAGGCGCUUGGUCGCCCAGUGAGUCGGGAUGAGAUUAAGAAGGCUUUAUUCUGGAUCAAGUCUGGUAAGGCUGCUCGGCCUGAUGGGUUUUCGGUUGAUUUUUACAGAGCUGCUUGGAAUGUGUCCUGUUACCUGCCUAGUGGAGUUAAUUCUACUGCUAUCACUCUUAUCCCAAAGAGGCAGAGAGCUGAACAUAUGGAGGAGUUUCGUCCUAUUUUUUGUUGCAAUGUUGUGUAUAAGUGUAUCUCGAGGAUCUUAGCUAAGAGAUUGCGGUUGUGGUUGCCUGCUUUCAUCAGUGGUAACCAAUCUGCGUUUGUUCCGGGUACGCCCCUUCAGUUUGUUAGUUGGGUGAGGGCUUGUGUUACUUCUCCUAUGUUCUCUAUGAUGGUUAAUGGUUCCUUUGAGGGGUUUUUUCCUGGUAGGAAAGGGUUGAGGCAGGGGGAUCCAUUAUCUCAUUUUUUGUUUGUGAUGGUGAUAGAGAUCUUGUCUAGGUUGUUGAAUAAUCAUCCUGUGUGGUUUAGGUUCCAUGAUCGGUGUGAGCGUGUGGGCCUGACUCAUUUGGUUUUUGUAGACGAUUUGAUGAUUUUCUGUGCAGCUAAGAGAGAUUCUUUAGAGUUUGUAAGGCAGGUCCUGGCAGAUUUUGCAGGGUUGUCUGGGUUAGUUGCUAAUGUUGGAAUGAGUUCCAUGUUUUUUGUGGGUGUGGAGUCUGGGAAGGCGGAGGAACUAGCUGCGUUUAUGGGUUUCUCUCUAGGUUCGUUGCUUGUUAGGUACCUGGGUUUACCUUUAUUGACAGGUCGGUUAAGGGUUAGGGAUUGUGCUCCUUUAAUUCAGCGGAUUACAGCUCGUAUUAGAAGCUGGGCAGCGCGAUCCCUCUCCUUUGCUGGAAGGUUACAGCUUAUUAGGUCUGUCUUACAAUCCUUUCAGUUUUGUUUUGUUUGGUGGGAUCCUUGGCUGCUGAGGGAUGCGAUUUUGGAUUCAUAUGGGUCUAUGGUGGUUUAUGAUGCAGAGGGAGGCACGGCAGUGGGGUCUAAAGUGAAGGGGGAAGAUUAUUGGGUGUGGGUGUCGAAUACGAGUGGUCAGUUUUCUAUCGCUAGUGCGUGGGAGAGUUUGCAUCCUCGUCGUCCUAGGGUGUCUUGGGUUGGUAUCUUGUGGGUAGGAGGUGGUAUUCCGCGUCACUUCUUCUGUGCGUGGUUAGCUGUGAGGGACAGGAUAUAUGAUGUGUUUGUAACAUGCGAUGAAAUCUAUGAGGUUAUAAUGCUUUGUUUUAUCUGGUGGAACCCAAGUGCAAAUUCAACCAAAGUCCUGUGUAGCGUUCAAGGUUCUGUGGAGGCUGUUCAUGGUGUUUGGAGUAUUCGUGACCUUGGUGCUCUCUUUGUUCGAGUUUGUAGUGAUUGUGGAGAGUUUCUAAACGAUAGACUAUGA